CCCGUGAAACCGCGACGAUCACGUUAGAUAGUAAGUCACUUAUUUUGAGAAGAGAAGAAUUUUCUCUUCUCUAACCCCCACUUUGAAGUCGACUGAGACAUUUGCAUAGAUCAGAAAAAAAUUCAAUUAAUUUCUUAAAAUUAUUCAACAUAAAUGAUUGGUAAUCGUCACAUUUAUAAUUGGAACCAUACUCGUAGGCAGAUUUCAACCAGUGUUUCAAGUAGCAUCCUUGUCCGCUCCAGGAGAAAAAUGCAGCUGAUAUUAAAAUGCCUGAAUGGUAGCAGUUCGUCAAUGGAUGUAGACCACAAUACUUUGAUAUUAAAUGUAAAGAAGAAAGUAGAAAAGGACCUGAAAAUUCCCGUCUGGCAACAAACACUAAUAUUUAUGGGAUCACCACUGCAAGAAGACAAAAUAAUUGGCGAUUACCCCAAAAUUAAAGAUGGCACAAAGUUGUUUAUUAUUGUCAAGAAACCUGAAAGUUUCCAAGCAGUCCUAAACAAAUUUCUUCGAAAAUAUUACUCGGAGGAACAGUGCAAAACUAUAGUGAAGGAAUUUAUGAAGAACUUUGAAGCAACUGUAAACAAUCUGAGCUUAGAUGAUUUGGAAAGAAUGGCAAUUGCAAAUUUGAACGAGCAAUGAGUAAUUUAAUCUACAUGCAUAAUAUGUAUUAACAAUAUUUCGUAUUUAUAAAUGAUUAAGUCAUAUUAAAUGAAAAUAGUAACUUUA